AUGGGCGAGUACUCGAAAGCACUUUCAUAUUACGAAAAAGCACUUGAUAUCGACAAGAAAGUUCUUCCUCCGAAUCAUCCCGAUUUGGCUACUGAUUUCAACAACAUCGGUAAUGUGUAUAAUAACAUGGGCGAGUACUCGAAAGCACUUUCAUCGUACGAACGAUCACUUGAAAUCCGAAAAAUAGCUCUUCCUCCGAAUCAUCCCGACUUCGCUCAAUCCUACAACAACAUUGGCUGCAUGUAUAGAGACAUGGGCGAGUACCCGAAAGCACUUACAUAUUAUGAAAAAGCGCAUGAAAUCGAUCGAAAAACUCUGCCACCAAACCAUCCACAUAUUGCACAGUCGAAAAGAAGCAUUGAAAAUGUAAAAAAGAAAAUGUAA